AUGGAGACGAUGGCUUUUAUCACACAAAAGACGUCCCCUGCCCUUACUGAUCAUGCAGAAAGCCUACCUCGCCGCCGGCGCGUGGGCCCUAACCUCGAUCUCGACCUUCAUCCCGAACGCGAGGCUGGCGACCCCGAUGCCGCUCAGGAUGGGCUGGUGGUCCGGCAUGUACCUUCUCAUGUUCUCGACAAAGUGCCCGACCGCCUCUUCAGAGACGUCAGUGUGGUACAGCUUCACGGCGUAGACAUGCUUUCAGCUCGCGCCGGCCAGGCUGAGGGUGUGCGCCACGUUGUCGAAGGCCCGGUCAAUCUGCUUGAUGAUGUCUGUCUCAACCUCGCGGGUCUCGCGGUCCCAGCCGCCUAG